CUCACAGCGCGCGGCCGGCCAUGCUAGACAAAGACCCUCGGUCCAUGUCAUGAUGCGUGACAUCUUGCGUCCGAAAUAUAUGUGCCCGGCCUCUGCCGCUCUCCGCACGCACGUCUACAUCAUCACAUCCUACCCGUUUGUACCUUCCCCUCUGUUAUCUUUAAGCAUCCAGCUUGAAUAACAGACAAACGCAUAACCUCCGUACACCACCAUUGAUACACAAUGGCUAGCUCCGAAAGCCUGCUGCGCGAGGUUAAUAUCCUCGGCGCGUUGAACGACCAAACCAAGCACAUCUUGAGCAAGGAUGUAGCUGUCUUCCUAGCUCUUCUCCACCGCACAUUCAACGAGCGUCGGAAAGAGCUCCUCCAGCGACGUGUGAUUCGACAAGCGGAGCUCGACAAGGGCAACUUGCUCGACUUCCUCCCAGAGACCAGGCAUAUCCGCGAGAACGAUGCCUGGAAGGGUGCACCGCCCGCUCCUGGGCUCGUAGACAGGCGCUUGGAGAUCACAGGACCGACCGAUCGCAAGAUGGUCGUCAACGCCUUGAAUGCGGACGUCUGGACAUACAUGGCCGACUUUGAGGACUCGAGUGCACCGACUUGGGAUAACAUGAUCAACGGCCAAUUGAAUCUCUAUGACGCUAUUCGCAGGCAGGUCGACUUCAAGCAGGGCGAGAAGGAGUACAAGCUUCGCACCGACCGCACUCUUCCUACACUCAUCGCUCGCGCCCGAGGAUGGCACCUGGAGGAGAAGCAUUUCACAGUUGACGGCGAGCCGAUUUCAGGCAGCUUGUUCGACUUUGGCAUCUACUUCUUCCUCAACGCGCACGAACUUGUUAAGCGAGGAUUCGGGCCAUACUUCUACCUCCCGAAGAUGGAGUCACACUUGGAGGCGAGGCUAUGGAACGACGUUUUCAACCUGGCACAAGACUACAUUGGCAUGCGACGAGGUACCAUCCGUGGUACUGUGCUGAUUGAGACCAUCACCGCUGCCUUUGAGAUGGACGAGAUCAUCUACGAGCUUCGCGACCACUCCUCCGGCCUCAACUGCGGCCGAUGGGACUACAUCUUCAACACAAUUAAGCGCUUCCGUCAGAACCCGAACUUCGUGCUUCCAGACCGCGACUCGGUGACCAUGACAGUCCCCUUCAUGGACGCCUAUGUCAAGCUCUUGAUAAAGACCUGCCACAGGCGAGGAGUCCACGCUAUGGGUGGCAUGGCCGCCCAGAUCCCCAUCAAAAACGACCCUGCCGCAAACGAGGCCGCUAUGGAAAAGGUCCGAGCUGACAAGCUUCGCGAAGUGCGCGCCGGACACGACGGCACUUGGGUCGCUCACCCGGCGCUUGCAGCCAUUGCCGCUGAAGUCUUCAACAAGCACAUGCCGACGCCCAACCAGAUGCACGUCCGUCGUGAGGACGUCAACAUCACUGCCAACGACCUGCUCAAUAUGAACGUUCCCGGCUCGAUCACCGAAGCGGGUAUCCGUAAGAACCUUGAUAUCGGCCUCAGCUACAUGGAGGCCUGGCUGCGGGGCCUCGGCUGCGUACCCAUCAACUAUCUCAUGGAAGAUGCGGCGACGGCCGAGGUAUCGCGGAGUCAGCUGUGGCAAUGGGCCAGGCACAACGUCAGCACCGCCGAGGGCCAGAAGGUCACCAAGGACUACACGCUGCGGCUGCUCCGUGAGCAGACGCAGAAGCUGAGCGAGAAGGCGCCCAAGGGCAAUAAGUUCAGCCUCGCAGCGAAGUACUUCGAGACUCAGGUGACGGGCGAGCAAUACGACGAAUUCCUUACCUCCCUCCUCUACAACGAAAUCACAAACGUAGGUCCUCCACGGGGCGCUUCCAAGCUCUAAAUUUCCAUUUUUUCCUGUAAAGUUACUAUGACCAUCGGCUCUCUAGCCAAUACGGUCCUGUAAGCAAAUAAAACAAAAGCGUUC